AUGAAAUGCAACCUUCUCCUGACGUUCGAGGUCACGCCGCCGGGGUCGAAGGCUAUUUCUUCACGUGGAACGGCUGCCAUAGUCGCCGCUGCGGAGACGAGCCUGCAAACGAGCUGUGUGAUUCACAGGGCUUGCUCCAACUGAAAGAGGAGAAAUGGCAGGUCAAGCAUUCAAAAGGUUUCUUCCCCUCUUUGACCGAGUUCUGGUGGAAAAAGUUGCAGCAGAAACCAUGACGAAAGGUGGCAUUAUGAUUCCAGAAAAGUCUCAGGGAAAAGUUUUGCAGGCAACAGUAGUGGCAAUUGGACCAGGGAGUCGAGUAAAGAAUGGAGAUGUACAGCCAGUUAGUGUAAAAGUUGGUGAAACCGUUCUACUCCCUGAAUAUGGAGGAACUAAAGUGGUUUUAGAAGAUAAGGAUUACUUCUUGUUCAGGGACGGAGAUAUUCUUGGAAAAUACACAGAAUAGACGUUGGACGCUGCUGUCAGUUUCACGAACUGACCAUUCCGUGAACUACUUGUCUUUUCGUUCCAGUCUGUAAAUAACUUUUAUUUUGAACUUUGGUACAGUAUAAUAAAAUCAACAGUAAACCUGAA